AUGAACACUGAAUCUGACGAUGAUGUACUAGAGAUGAACACUGAAUCUGACGAUGAUGUGCUAGAGAUGAACUCUGAUUCUGACAAUGGUGCUGCAGAAAGUGAUAGUUCAGCUGCUCCUGACAGUCCUAACAUUGACGAGUCUGCACUUUUUGAAGGCAGCCCUUUCACUAACAUUGAGGCUUGCCUCUUUUUGAUGACAGUGUUUUUUAAGUGUGGACUAACAAGAGAAUGCCUAGGUCAAAUCCUGUUUGCUUUUGCAACACUUCUGCCAUCAUCUAACACCCUCCCGAGCACCACAUUUAUGUUCUUCAAGGUUCUGUCGCGCUUUCAAAGAGGCAGAGGAAUGUGCAGCCACUUUUUCUGUAGUAAAUGCAAUGAAUACCUAGAACAAAAUGCCACACAUUGUCCAUGUUGUAAUGAGCCGUGCCAUAGCAAGGGCAGUUUCCUGCAGAUGAAGUUGGCAGACACUUUGCGAUCAUUUCUAGAGGAUGAUAAAAUAUAUAAAUAUUUCAUUAAACCAACAAGUUCAGCCAGUGACAAGCCCAUUGAAGAUAUUGUAGAUGGUGCGAUGUACCAGUCACAACCUGCUUGUUCUUCUAAAUUUAAUUUCUCUCUUUUUUGGAAUACGGACGGUGUUCAGGUCUUCAAGAGUUCGGGAAAGUCUCUUUGGCCCUUACACUGCACUAUUCCUGAGCUUCCACCUCUCAUGCGUAAGAAGUUCCAAAUUUUGACUUGUCUGUGGUUUGGUGUAAAGCCGGUAAUGAAUACAUUCAUGAAGCCUUUUUGCAUGGAGCUUAUGGAACUUGCCACUAGUGGACUUGCUUGGCGUCACCCAGAGACAGGCAAGACAAUAAUCUCUUACAUUACAGCUCCUGUAUCUUCGGUAGAUGCAGUUGCGAGAGCAAUGCUUCAGGGUAUAAGACAGUUCAAUGGUCUGUAUGGUUGCUCCUUCUGUGAGCAUCCUGGGAAAUCCCUCUCGUUGCCAGGCAAAGGGCAUGUCCAUGUCUAUCUGCCUGGUAGCACAUACUCCCUCAGGAAUGGCCAUCGGAUGCAACGGCAAGCUGCAGAGGCACUUGAGAAUGGUCACCCGGUGAAGGGCGUCAAAGGUCCCACUGUUUUGAGCCUCAUACCCGAAUUCGACUGCGGUAGCGGAUUUGUUGUCGACUACAUGCAUUGCGUUCUGCUCGGGGUGGUGAGAACAUUCUUGCAUUUAUGGUUUGACUCUAAGUACCAUGGAGAGUCAUGGUACAUGGGCCGUCAGGUAGAGGUGGUGGAUAAGAAACUACUGGCCAUUAAGCCACCGGACUAUAUCACCAGGACCCCACGUUCCUUGAAACACAGAUGCUAUUGGAAAGCAAGCGAACUGCGUGCGUGGCUUCUGUUCUACUCAUUUCCUGCUCUGCACCAAAGCCUUCCGGAUGUUUAUUUUGAUCAUUUUGCCCUUCUGGUUGGCGCAGUUUACCUGUUGCUUUCUGAAUCUGUCUCCGUAGAGGACAUUGAUAUUUCGGAGAGGCUGUUGCUCAGAUUCGUUUAUGGUGUUAAAAAUCUGUAUGGAGAGCGGUUUUGCUCAUUUAAUGUUCACCAGCUCACACACAUUGCUGACUCAGUAAGGAACUGGGGGCCACUUUGGUCCACUUCAGCAUUUUUAUUUGAGAAUAGAAAUGGGGAACUGAUGCGCCUUGUGAAAGGGACACAAGCUGUGGAGAAACAGCUUGCGAGCUUGGUUGCAAUAAGCAAUGCCCUCAGUGUCAUCCAAAAUCGUGUUGGAGACCGCUUGCAUGUUGACUUUGUGCUUAGCAAGCUAGAAAAUUUACAUUUCACGAGAGUAUCAUCUAAUGGUAUUGCCUUUCAUGGCAGACCAUGUCAGACAAGUGGAGCUGUGAGGACAGCUCUUGGUUCUUUCUUCUCCAACAGAGAGCACGUGUACGUUUACAAGAAAGUCACAAUGGGCACAGAAACAUUUUCUUCUGUGUUGUGCAUUAAUCAGAAGAGAAGAAACAAUUUCACAGUCAUGUAUGUUGUUGAGAGAGAGAGAACUUUUGCAUUAAUUCAGUGCUUCGCAAAGUAUGCUGGGCAAGUGUACAUGGUUAUUAACAAACUUCUGGAGUGUGGUGUGCAGUACAGGCCUGAGGGAACGGGAUUUUCGAUUCCACACAUCAUUGCUGUGAAGCAGAAAGACCAUUUGGACGUAAUUCCUGUUCCUCCUAAGAUGACGAAAUGUGUCAAGGUGUUGGAUUUUGUGUGCAUUUCUCCUAACUCUUAUGAACUGAAUUUGUAG